GCGGCCAUGGCGGCGGCGGAGGGACCGGAGCGGGAGGAACCCCGGGACGAACCCCGGGACAAGGCGGCGGCCGGCGCUGAGGAGACGGUGAAGAUCAUCUGCCUGGGCGACAGCGCCGUGGGCAAGUCCAAGCUGCUGGAGCGCUUCCUGCUCGACGGCUUCCGCCCCCAGCAGCUCUCCACGUUCGCGCUGACGCUGCACCAGCAUCGCGCCCGCGUGGGCGGGCAGGAGGUCCUCGUGGACUUCUGGGACACAGCGGGCCAGGAGCGGUUCCAGAGCAUGCACGCCUCCUACUACCACCAAGCCCACGCCUGCAUCAUGGUGUUUGAUGUGCAGAGGAAGGUCACCUACAAGAACCUGAACAGCUGGUACCGGGAGCUGAGGGAAUUCCGCCCGGAGAUUCCCUGCAUUGUGGUGGCCAACAAGAUCGAUGCGGAUAUGAAGGUGACCCAGAAAAGCUUCAACUUUGCCCGGAAGUUCAGUUUGCCCUUUUAUUUUGUGUCUGCUGCUGACGGCACCAACGUGGUGAAGCUCUUCAACGACGCCAUCAGACUGGCCCUGGCUUACAAACAGCACUCAGGAGACUUCAUGGACCAGGUCCUGCAGGAGCUGGAGAGCUUCGACCUGCAGAAGACGAGCAAGGAUUUAUCAGAUGAAGAGCUGCCCUGAAGAGGAACCCCUGUCCGCCUAAGCCCAGACCCUGAGCCUGGUUUUCCUUUGCCACUGGACCCUGAGUCCAGUUUCCCUUGGCUGGAUUUCUGGGGCCUGCACAGUGAUGUUUCUCGUGCCCCAGAGCUGUGGUGAUGGGCAGCUGGGCCUCUCCGCUUCUUGUGGGAGCCCUUCUGGGCAGGAUCUCCCUUGACUCGACCCUUGCCACUGCACAUCUUCACUCAAGCUGAGGAACGAAUGUGAACAGCCCAGCAGACUGACAGACAGAGCAGGGAUUUUUCCCAGCCCGUGGGUGCACUGAGCAGGGCUGAAAACACAGUUAAUGAGGAACACAGAAACUUUAUUUCAA